GGAUACACCACUCGAUGCUGACCUUUAUUUUGAUCGACUAUGACAGUGGUAGCAGGCGUCAGUCAGUGGCUACGGAACUCGUUAUUGGAAUGCUUUUAGACUACAUAGUGCGUCAACUUUUGGAAAGCAUUUUAGAGUGAACCUCUUCUGCUGCUUCAGGAAGAAGUCUCUGCGACCUUCGUACUCCAGAUUCAAAAUGACAGUGUAAAUUUGACCAGACUGAAUUUUUGAAGUGCUAAAACUUUACCGAAGUCUUCGUGCUGUACCAGAAGUAUUCGACGGUUUGCAAGGUUCAGUUUCUGCAGACUCUCGCUACGUCAGCAACAUCUUGCCGCCCAGUGGAUUCGUAUUCCUCAGUUGCUUCAGAUGGAUGAAAGGGUAUGGCGAAGAUGUAACGUGCUCAGCUCACACUCGAAUGCUUACGAGUCUUAAAGAUACUCGACGCAGCACUCCGGCAUUAUUUCUUGAAGGCUCUAGCAUGAUUGCAGAUCCGUCUGUUUCAGCUGUUUCAGGUUGUCAAAAUUACUCGCGAGACUCUCCAGCUGGUCAGGCCUGGUCAGCAAUUGCUUUUAAGAGCUUGGAUGUGACUAGAAGAACCGAUCAACCUCUCGAGCUUCGGACUGGCUGGCUAUCUUUACCCACCCACCAAAGUGUUUUCUGACUGUUCUCUAUAGCUGAGAAUGAGGACUGUCCCCGUAUUCUCAGUGACUUUCUCCCAGCGGCUUUGUAGUUUGUGAAUAGAAACAUGGUCAAGACCUCCAACGUUUUAGCAAGCGAAAUGUGUCAGGAGAUGCCUGCAAAUUUGGACGAAACAGAGCAAGUUCUUGAAGGGAUUACCAUUUGCCAGGAGACUAUGGCAGUUCAUCGACCUCGAAAGCCUCCAAAUGUAGAAUCUGUAGGCUUUCAAGCAGGUGCGAUCAGGGCAGCUUCUGGUUCGUAAGGGCCUCAGAGGAUAGAUCGACGAGAGAGGAUAAUCUUGAAAGACCGUUUCUGUAUCACUGCUUCAACUCCUGAUAAUCACAAGAUCGAGUCGUUGCACACUUCGUCUACAGCUGCAGCUAAUUUGUACUACAAUAGCGCAUGUUUUCGCAGGUUUUGUGAGGUCGCCAUAGUUUGCCAUGGGUAGCUCAUUGAUGGAUAGUGGAUCCUUGCCUAGAUGUUUAAAUCAAAGAGUAUGUGAUUUCUGAAGACAUGGAAUUAACGA